CUGUCAAUUUUCUUUCGUGCCAAACAGUCCACGGACCUUGCUGUUGGCGUAAGCUAGGUGCUACUAUCUUUCUUUAUCGACAAUCAACCCAUCUUCUAUAAAGUUCCUUGCUGACUAAGUUUACGAGCAGACAUUUAGGGUUUUGGAAUUUUCUUAAUUGCAAGUUGAAUUGAUGACAUCGACAACUUUGAGGCGGCGACUUCAUCACGGAGAUAUUGAUGGGAGAAAUCGUGAGCAUUUGGAGACUACUGAUUCCUAUAGCUUAAGUGAACCUUUGUUAUCUAACUAUGAAGAUGAUGAUUCCGUCACUCAGGGACGUAGAGUGGAUGAUAUUUGGGAUGAUCAAAGGAGGAUGGAGCGGUUGCAUUGGACUUCUCUCUUCUCUCAGUUGAUUGCGCAAUGGGCACAAUGGUUAGCAAAUAUUGUUUAUGGAUCUGGAUCACUUAUUGGACGAAUUUUGCCUCUCUCUUCUGCCACUCAAAAUGGACUAAGUCAGAAGCUGUUUCCUUCUUCACUUAGUCCUCUACAGGAAGAAAGGCUUAGAUAUCUACAACAAAGGCUUGAAGUCCCUUUUGAUGGAUCAUGUGUGGAACAUCAGGAUGCACUUAAACAAUUAUGGAGGUUAGCUUAUCCUGGUAGGGAUUUGCCAGCGCUGAAAUCAGAGCUAUGGAAAGAAAUGGGAUGGCAAGGCACUGACCCUUCAACAGAUUUUCGGGGUGGCGGAUUUAUAUCAUUGGAGAAUCUCAUUUUCUUUGCCAAGAAUUAUCCGACCUCAUUUCAGAGUUUGUUGCAUAAAAAAGACGGAGCGAGAGCCGAGUGGGAGUACCCUUUUGCGGUAGCUGGAAUCAACAUUUCAUUUAUGUUGAUACAAAUGUUAGAUCUCCAAUCAGGGAAGCCAUCUUCUUUGGCUGGAAUCCGUUUCUUGGAACUUCUGAAGGAAGAUGAAAUGGCAUUUGACAGCCUUUAUUGUGUAGCCUUCCAAAUGAUGGACGCUCAAUGGCUUGCCAAGCGGGCUUCGUAUAUGGAAUUUAAUGAUGUUUUGAAGUCUACAAGAACACAGUUAGAACGCGAGCUAGCACUUGAGGAUGUCUCAAGUGUGAAAGAUUUACCAGCAUAUACUUUGUUGAAUAGAUGAUCAAAAUAUAUACUCUGAAAUACGUCAGUGCGUUUUACCUCACCCCUCCAGACUUUCAUUAGUUAAUGUAUGUUCCUAUUGUUUCAUAUACAUGGAAUCUGUAUAAUUUCAUGAAAAUAAGGUCUGUGAUGGGUAACUUUCAGUAAGUGUUAACACUAAUUGAUAAGAUCGUGGCUGUGCCUUUUUUUUUU